GCAGUCUGACCAGCCAUGGCUCAAGCAGCUAAGCAGCUGAAGAAAAUCAAAGAUAUUGAGGCUCAGGCUCUGCAGGAGCAGAAGGAGAAGGAAGAAUCCAAUCGCAAGCGCAGGAACCGCUCCCGGGACCGGAAGAAAAAGGCCGAUGCUGCAACCAGUUUCUUGAGAGCUGCGAGAUCUGGAAAUCUGGACAAAGCCUUGGAUCACCUCAGGAAUGGGGUAGAUAUUAACACCUGUAACCAGAAUGGCCUGAACGCCUUGCACCUGGCCUCCAAGGAGGGCCAUGUGAAAAUGGUGGUGGAGCUGCUGCACAAGGAGAUCGUUUUGGAGACAACGACCAAGAAGGGAAACACAGCCCUGCACAUUGCUGCCUUGGCUGGACAACAGGAUGUGGUCCGGGAGCUGGUGAACUAUGGGGCCAACGUCAAUGCACAGUCCCAGAAAGGCUUCACACCUCUCUACAUGGCAGCUCAGGAGAAUCACCUGGAAGUUGUGAAGUUCUUGCUGGAAAAUGGAGCCAACCAGAAUGUAGCCACAGAGGACGGCUUCACUCCACUUGCUGUGGCUCUCCAGCAAGGACAUGAGAAUGUGGUUGCUCACCUUAUCAACUAUGGGACAAGGGGUAAGGUCCGUCUGCCUGCCCUGCACAUUGCAGCCCGCAAUGACGACACUCGCACAGCUGCUGUGCUGCUGCAGAAUGACCCCAAUGCUGAUGUCCUCUCCAAGACUGGAUUCACCCCUUUGCACAUUGCAGCCCACUAUGAGAAUCUGAGUGUGGCCCAAUUACUGCUGAACCGUGGAGCCAGUGUCAACUUCACACCCCAGAAUGGGAUCACUCCCCUGCACAUAGCUUCCCGCCGGGGCAACAUCAUCAUGGUACGGCUGCUGCUGGACCGCGGGGCCCAGAUAGAGACAAGGACCAAGGAUGAGCUGACCCCUCUCCACUGUGCAGCACGCAAUGGACAUGUGAGAAUUGCAGAGAUCCUUCUGGACCAUGGGGCUCCCAUUCAAGCCAAAACCAAGAAUGGCUUGUCGCCAAUCCACAUGGCAGCACAGGGCGACCACCUGGACUGCGUCCGCCUGCUCCUGCAGUACAGCGCCGAGAUCGACGACAUCACCCUGGACCACCUGACACCACUGCAUGUGGCUGCACACUGUGGGCAUCACCGGGUGGCCAAGCUGCUGGUGGAGAAGGGGGCCAAGCCCAACUCCCGAGCCCUGAAUGGUUUCACGCCCCUCCAUAUUGCCUGCAAGAAGAACCACAUCCGCGUGAUGGAGCUGCUGCUGAAGACAGGUGCCUCCAUUGAUGCUGUCACAGAGUCUGGCCUGACCCCCCUGCAUGUGGCUGCCUUCAUGGGACACCUGCCCAUUGUCAAGACUCUGCUGCAGCGUGGAGCCUCUCCUAAUGUGUCCAAUGUGAAAGUAGAGACUCCCCUACACAUGGCAGCCAGAGCUGGGCACACAGAUGUGGCGAAGUACCUGCUGCAGAACAAAGCCAAAGCUAAUGCUAAGGCCAAGGACGACCAGACUCCUCUGCACUGUGCUGCACGCAUUGGCCACACCGGCAUGGUCAAACUCCUUUUGGAGAACAGCGCCAACCCCAACCUGGCCACUACAGCAGGGCACACACCCCUGCACAUCACUGCCAGAGAGGGGCACAUGGACACAGCCCUGGCCCUACUGGAGAAGGGAGCCUCACAGACCUGCAUGACCAAGAAAGGAUUUACCCCUCUCCACGUUGCAGCCAAGUAUGGAAAGGUGGAUGUGGCAGAGUUGCUGUUGGCACAUGAGGCUCACCCCAAUGCAGCAGGGAAGAAUGGCCUGACUCCAUUGCAUGUGGCUGUGCACCACAACAACCUGGAGAUUGUCAAGUUGCUGCUUCCCAAGGGGAGCUCCCCACACAACUCAGCUUGGAAUGGGUACACGCCCCUCCACAUUGCUGCCAAGCAGAACCAGAUGGAAGUGGCCAGCAGCCUGCUGCAAUAUGGGGCUUCUGCAAAUGCUGAGUCUAUGCAGGGAGUCACUCCUCUGCACCUGGCUUCCCAGGAGGGGCAUGCAGACAUGGUGGCACUGCUUUUCUCCAAACAAGCCAAUGGCAACCUAGGCAACAAGAGUGGCCUGACUCCUCUCCAUCUUGUGGCCCAAGAGGGGCAUGUGCUGGUUGCUGAUGUUCUGGUGAAACAUGGAGUCACCGUGGAUGCAAUGACCAGGAUGGGCUAUACCCCACUGCAUGUGGCCAGCCAUUAUGGGAACAUCAAGCUGGUGAAGUUUUUGCUGCAGCACCAAGCAGAUGUCAAUGCCAAGACUAAGCUGGGCUACACGCCCCUGCACCAAGCAGCACAGCAGGGCCACACAGACGUGGUGACACUGCUGCUGAAACACGGCGCGUCUCCCAACGAGAUCAGCACAAAUGGCACCACUCCCCUGGCCAUCGCAAAGCGGCUCGGCUACAUUUCAGUCACAGACGUGCUCAAGAUUGUCACAGAGGAAAGAGACAUCCCGUCAGUUGGUGACAAGUACCGCAUGAGCUUCCCAGAGACUGUAGAUGAGAUUCUGGACGUAUCAGAGGAUGAAGGCACUGCUCAUGUCACAGUAAUGGAGGAAGAGCUGAUUGCACCAAAGCCCAAGACACCUGAACUCAGAGACCAGGGAGGCAAAAGGGAGAUACUGGAGUUCAUGACCACGACACUGGAGCAAACGGUGGAGUCUCCAGGUGUCCUGCAGGUCCCCUGCAUCCCACCUGAAACUGUGGUGACCAGAGCUGAGGAGACUGAGCAGCCCUCCAAAGAGUUUGACGAGGACUCGCUGAUCCCCAGCAGCCCUGCCACUGAGACCUCAGAUAACAUCAGCCCAGUGGCCAGCCCCGUGCACACAGGGUUCCUGGUGAGCUUCAUGGUGGAUGCUCGUGGUGGCUCCAUGCGGGGCAGCCGGCACCAUGGUCUGCGCGUGGUCAUCCCACCCCGUGCCUGUGCUGCACCCACCCGCAUCACCUGCCGCCUGGUGAAGCCCCAAAAGCUACCUGCACCCCCACCACUGGCUGAGGAGGAAGGUCUGGGCAGUCGGAUCAUUGCUCUGGGGCCUGCUGGUGCCCAGUUCCUCAGCCCUGUCAUUGUGGAGAUUCCACACUUUGCCUCGUACGGACGUGGAGACCGCGAGCUGGUAGUGCUGCGCAGUGAGAAUGGCUCUGUGUGGAAGGAGCACCGCAACCGCUACGAGGAGAGCUACAUGGACCAGCUGCUCAAUGGCAUGGACGAGGAGCUGGAGAGCCAGGAGGAGCUAGAUAAGAAGAGGGUCUGCCGCAUCAUCACCACUGACUUCCCUCUCUACUUUGUGGUCAUGUCCCGGAUUUGCCAGGACUGCGAUAUGAUUGGCCCUGAGGGAGGGUGUUUGAAAAGCACACUGGUGCCCAUGGUACAGGCCACCUUCCCAGACACUGCUGUCACCAAAAGAGUGAGGCUGGCCCUGCAGGCACAGCCUGUGCCCGAUGAGUUGGUGACUAAGCUUCUGGGGAACCAAGCGACCUUCAGUCCCAUUGUCACAGUAGAGCCACGACGGAGGAAGUUCCACCGCCCCAUCGGCCUCCGUAUCCCACUGCCACCGUCCUGGAAGGACAACCCCCGAGACAGUGGUGAGGGUGACACCACCAGCCUGCGUCUGCUCUGCAGUGUGAUCGGAGGGACAGCCCAAGCCCAGUGGGAAGACAUAACAGGCACCACAAAGCUGGUCUAUGAAAAUGAGUGUGCAAAUUUUACCACCAAUGUGUCUGCCAGGUUCUGGCUGGCUGACUGCCCACGCACAGCUGAGGCUGUGCACUUUGCCACCAUGCUGUACAAGGAGCUGACAGCUGUGCCCUACAUGGCCAAAUUCGUGGUAUUUGCCAAGAUGAAUGAUGCACGAGAAGGCCGGCUGCGCUGCUACUGCAUGACUGAUGACAAGGUUGACAAGACUUUAGAGCAGCAUGAGAACUUCACUGAGGUGGCCCGCAGCAGGGACAUUGAGGUGGUGGAAGGAAUGCCUUUGCACGUCGAACUCUCAGGGAACCUGGUGCCUGUCAAGAAGGCCGCUCAGCCCCGCACCUUCCUCUUCCAGUCCUUCCGGGAGAAUCGUCUUGUCAUCCCCAUCAAGGUCCGGGACAGCAGCCGGGAAGCCAGUGGCUCCCUGUCUUUCUUGCGCAAGGCCAUGAAAUACGAGGACCUCCAGCAUGUGCUCUGCCACCUGAACAUCAGCAUCCCACCCUGCACCAAGGGAAGCGGCAGUGAGGAGCGGAGGAGGACACUGACACCGUUGUCUCUGCGGGAGCGAUACAGCAUUCUAAGUGAGACCAGUUUUGGCUCUCUGAGCAGCACAGACAAGGCAGACCAGAAGAUGGUUGACAUAGCAGAACAGCUGGGCCUCAGCUGGGCCGAGCUGGCACGUGAGCUGCAGUUUGGGGUGGAUGACAUCAACAGAAUACGUGUGGAGAACCCCAACUCCCUUCUGGAGCAGAGCAUAGCCUUACUCAACCUCUGGGCCAGCCGCGAGGGCAAGAAUGUCAAGAUAGAGAACCUGUACACGGCACUGAGGAACAUCGACCGUGGUGAGAUUGUCAACAUGCUGGAGGGCUCUGGUCGGCAGAGCCGCAGCCUGAAGGGAAGCUGGCGCUACACGGACAGAGACUACUCCCUCUCACCAUCCCAGAUGAAUGGUUACGCUUCACUGCAGGACGAGCUGCUGUCCCCUGCCUCCCUGCAUUACACACUGCCAUCCCCGCUGCGUGCCGACCAGUACUGGAAUGAGGUGGCCAUCAUGGAUGCUAUCCCCAUGGCUGCCACUGAGCAGGAUGCCCUGAUGGAGAUGUCCGACAUGCAGGUGUGGUCCUCGGGACUCACCCCCUCGCUGGUGACUGCUGAGGACUCCUCUCUGGAGUGCAGCAAGGCUGAGGACUCGGAUGCCACAAGCGAAGGCCGGUUCCCAGGGCAACUUCUAGCAGAUGCUCAUGGCCCAGACCACAUGGGCUCUAUGGAUCUGGUUGAGGAUGACACAGUGGACUCAGAUGCCAUGAAUGGCCUGAUUGACCUUCUAGAGCAGGAGGAGGGGCAAAGGCCAGAGGGGAAGAUGCCAUCUGGUGAUCAUCAACCAGGGACUGGGGAGCAGGACCCGGAGAGUGAAGUCUCUUUUGUUUCAGUUCAGCAGAAGGUGCAAGCCAGGAUCAUGACAUCACCUACCUUUAGCCAUGCUGUGGAGAAGAGUGCAGACAGGCUGAGGGACUGGAAUGCAGAAGGCUCCUUUAUCUCCUGCCUACAGGACCUGACAGCGGGCUCCUGGCAGGAGGGAGUCACCCGAAGGCUGCUCCCAACGCACACCACAGCCUCUGGGGCACAGGGCCAGGAGCAAGAGCAGGUCCUGAUGCCAGCCACGGAGCUGAUGCGGAUCAGCUCUGCAGAGGACAGCGACUGGCAGCCUCAGCACCCCACAGGCGGCUGGCAGGAGGAGGCCGACAGCCGCUUCUUUGGGCAGGGGAAUGAAGCCCUUCAUCUCCCUGGAGAGCAGGUCACUGAGGAGCAGUUCACAGAUGAUCAAGGCAAUAUCAUCACCAAGAAGAUUAUCCGGAAGGUGGUGCGUCAGCUGGGCCCUGGUGACACGGGUGACAGGCAGGAACAGGAGGAGCUGAUUCUGGAGGGCUCCCUGCAGGAGCCCCAAGACCUGGAGGCUGAGGAUGAUCACUUCAUGCGGCUUCCUCAGGAGGAGGUGCGAGUGCGUGUCCCGAAACCAGAGGUCUCUGGGGGCAGGAUGGGGGCUCAGAUAGUGAAACGAGCCAGCCUGAAAAGGGGGAAGCAGUGACCCCUCAAAUGGCCUCUUUUGAGGAUCGCACCUCAACACCAAACCACUGAACUUCACACACGUUCUGACACAUACCUGAGAAGAGGGGCGAGGAAAGCAGAGAGUGGAGGGGAGCAGAGCUGGCUGUACAUGUUUCUAUAGGCUAAUGGCAUGAUUUCUGUAUGAGACAUACUUACCGUCCUAUCCGCAUGACUGACUGACUGCAAGACGCAUGAGCUACAGUACUUAAAACUGAUGAGGGGCCUCCAUCCCUGCCCCGCUGCUGCCAGGAGCCCAGAGACAGCACCACACACCACAGGGAUGUGCUCUCAGCUCCUUUGGGAGGCAAGAGCUGGAGUAGAAGAGAAUGAAAGGGAAAGAGAUUCCACCUCCGUGUGAUUGCGUGUGUAGAUGCAUCCCCACGUCUGUGCUCCAGCUGCAAGAGGAAAGCUGGGAUAGCAUGGCGCGGCUCAGCACGGAAGGAGAGGUGCUUGCCCCCCCAGCAAAUGCCUGUGCUGCCUCUGCUGGACUUGCUUCUCAUCCCUCCCUGUGAGUGUUGGGUUUUGGGGAGGGCAGCAGUGGCCAGAGGGUGCAAGGGGAGGCUGCAGGGAGCACAGCUGCACUGGGCGGAGGGACUGGUGCAGGGCUGCCCUUCCUCUUCCCAGCACGUGCAAUGUCUCCUGCCAGGGCAGAGCUCUGGGCUGAGCACUGAGCUCAUUGCUUAUGUUGAAAGUGUAAACUGUACAGCAAUCAGCCUUGUGUAUAUGAACCAAUAAAUACUAUGCAAACCCCUAGGGACACUCUAGCAGUAUGUACAAAGCACUAACAGCUCUGCUCUCAAAUACCUCUUCAGGCUGCAGGAUGGGCAAAGCCUUUGGAAUAUGUGAGCAGCUCUGGUGAAUGGAGCAGGAAGGCUAUAGGAGUGAGAGGGCAGCAGCCCACCCCUGACCUGUGCCACUCUGCCUGAGCCUGGCCCCUUCCUGGCCUGAAGAGGGUGGGCUACAGGUGCAGCCCCAUGGUCCAGCCCCAGUUUGUGUUAGCUCCAGCUGGGUUGAAGCUGUAGGCUUGUGUUGAGGUGCUUGGGGCCCAGGGAGGAUAUGCAGUGAGAGAGAGCAGUGGGUGCUUGUGCCACACAUGGGGUUGUGCCUAGCUCUACUCAGCACAAUAUCUGCUCAGGAGAUGAGCCAGGAGCAAGCAAUAGCCAGCAGCUGUGCAAUAUGCACCCCAGGCAAGGGCUUUGCAGGGUCCCUGGCCUCCCUGCAAUGGGGGGUUACAGCCCUGGAUACUCCAGGACCAAUCCCAGAGACAUGGGGCUGCUGCCCUGGUGGCUGCGUUUUCUCCAGGUGGAAUCUGCCAAGGCAGCAGCCUGAGCCCUGGGGGCUGGUGCAGCCUCAGACCAGCUGCUCCAGCCAGAGAGCAGUGCUGGGCAGAGCUGCCCAGGCAGCUCAAAGUCGGGCAGUAGAUUGAACUUGUAAUACUUGGCCCCAGAAGCGCAGGUGGCAUUUGGUCCCAGGUCCCUGACCUUGUCCUUUACCUAAGUGAUGUGGGGACCUGGUGUUCGUAGCACAGUGAUGUGGGGACCCCCUGCUCUUUCUCCUGGAAGUGGCCAUGGACCUGCUUUGCAGAGUCUGAAUUUGUUCUCUGUGGCCAGGUGCAGAACGAGCGCACCUCCAGCUUCAGGCCAUGUGAUGGUGGCCUUGGCAGGGCAGCCCUGCCUUUCAGUGGGUGCACGUGUGCUGGGAGAGCCCCUGACUGCCCUGUGGCCGAGAAGCCUCACUCCAGUGAAGCAACUGACCCAGCUUAGCCUUGGAGAGCAAAGCAGUCCCCUCCCCACCCCAAAGUUGAGCCAUAUAGGCACAGACUCUCCAUCCAUCACCCUUGCUGCGUACAAUAACCUCCCUAGACCCACUGCAACAGCUGACUCUGUAGCAUCACCCUAGAGUUGUGUGUGGGUCCAGUGCUUUGGCCUUGUGUAUGCCGUAGGGAAUGUGCUGUGCUGCGACUGUGCCAGGCACCUGCAGUGACAUUGCUUCGCGCUCAGAUUGCUUGUAGGGCUGGUAGGGGGAGGCUGCACCCAACAUUGAGCCUAGAGAAUGCUGCAGUCUGCACAUUAGAAGCUUUUUAGAAGUUUUAAAAAUAACUUUUAUUUUCUUUUUUUAAUUGUUAUGGAAACAAGCCUUUUGGAUCUUCCCGUCUUAGGCCCUGAUGUAUAGAUCAUUUCCCUGUACACCAGCUAUGAAUUAAUAAAUAAAUGAACACAAACAGCA